GUCUCGAAAAAGGCCAAGAAAAUCGCUCAACUCUGUACACAACGAGAUACAAGCUUUAAGUAGUGGUUAUAAAGAUAAUCCCAAAUUUGCUUCAUUGUUGAAGUCGAGUGAUAAAUUGCUUAUGGAUUCGCAUAAGCCAAAGUCUACACCAAAGAGUAAUCAAUCCUUAUCUCAGAUAAAGCAAAAUCAGCAAAAAACUCGACCAAGCCAAGUGUUAGAACAUCCAAAAAAAUUGCCUUUACCUAAAAAUACUUCUCCGAGCACAGUAUCACCAUUGCCAGUAGAUCCAAAAACUUCAAAUGCAAAGAUAACGGGAACUAUCUCUGAGUCAUCAAAAGAGAAUGGAAAUUCACCAUUACCUGAUUUGCACAAUGAAAACGGAGCUCCUAAUACAAGCACCAAGAAAAAUAAACCAAAGUCGUCUGACCAAAAUCAAAAUGUCCCGCCUGUUAUUGAAAUGAACAAAAAUCUUCAUGCUAUGGAACAAAACUCCAAUUUUCCUCAAGAUAAUGUGAACAUUAAUUCCGGACUUCAAAUUCCAGCUUGGGAAAGCAACAUUUUAGUUCCCGAAAACGUUCUUCUCGACAUUACAACCCGUUUACGAAAUGUUGAAGAGCAGAAUUUAGAAAUCCUUUCCAUCGUUCGUACUCUUAAAGAAGACUCCAAAGUAGUAAAGUCAAAUUCGCUUUUUGCACCUCCUCAAGGAUAUCCCUUAAAAACAAUCGAGGAAUUUAAUUCAUUCGAAGAUGAUGACAAUAAAGUGAAUGCGUUGUACUCAAAGUUACGGAAAUAUGGUGGUACGAAGCUAAGAGAAGCACUGAGCUUUGCUUUCAAAUCCAGUAUGACUGAUGAGCUUGCGACCAAAUUCACAUGGUAUGGUGAUUCAGGUGAUACAAGAAAUUUCGGGGAAACUAAAAUGGCUUCGCUUUUAUAUCAGGUGGUAAAUAAAUAUAAACAGUUUAAGGGUCCGGAAAACUUUACUGAAUUUAAGUCAGAAAUGACAGAAGUUUUAAGAGCGGCGAAACAGAGAUACCGAAACUCCUGCAAAAAGGAAAACCGUACUCCUAAAAAUAAAAGUAAAGAACGUGUUCGACCGAAAGAACACAAUUUUGAAGAUUCGGAAGAAAACGAGGAUGGAGAAGAUCCUACAACUGAUCGAACACAGGACAGCGAGGAAGAAGAAACAGAUGGUUCUUACGAAGGAGAUGAUGAUGAAGGAGAUGAUGAAGGAGGUGAUUAUCUAACAGACGGAUCUUACGAAGGAGAUCAUGAUCGAUUGCAGAAUUUGGUCGAAAAAGGUGAAAUAGAUUAAGAGAGAUUUUUCAUUUUUUAUAUUAUUUGAAGGUGCAAUUUUUAAAAAGUUGA